AUGUACGUCCAUCUCACGCACUCGAUCGACAGACAGUCAACCUCAUUGGGUCGUUACUGCCAAUUAGUCAUGGGACCAGCCGGAAGUGGCAAGUCCACAUACUGCUCAACAAUCAUGACACACUGCCAAAACAUCGGCCGGGCCGUCCACCUCGUCAACCUAGACCCAGCCGCCGAGAAAUUCGAAUACGAUCCUUCAAUCGACAUCAAGGACCUGAUCUCACUCGAGGAUGUCAUGGAGGAGCUUCAAUACGGACCCAACGGAGGCUUGAUCUACUGCAUGGAGUUUCUGAUGAACAACAUUGACUGGCUUGAGGACGAAGUGGGGUCGUACACGGACGAUUAUCUGAUCAUUGAUUGCCCAGGACAGAUUGAGCUUUAUACCCAUUUCGAUAUCAUGAAGCGGUUGGUUGAGGCCCUUGGACGACUUAACAUCGCCAUCUGUGGUGUUUACUUGCUCGAGUCUCAAUUCGUGGAAGACAAGUCAAAGUUCUUUGCAGGAGUCAUGAGUGCUAUGAGUGCUAUGAUCAACCUAGAAAUUCCUCACAUCAACGUCAUGAGCAAGAUGGACCUCUUGCCCAAGAUGAAGCCAUCCGAGCUGGAAAGAUACUACAACCCAGACCCGCUACUGCUGAUGGAGGACGUAAACUCAAAGACGAGUCCCAAGUACCACCAGCUGAACCAAGCAAUUGGACAACUUGUCGAGGAUUUCAACAUGGUCCAGUUCUUGCCCCUCAACGUCAACGACGAGGACUCGAUUACUGCCAUCUUGUCCCAUGUCGAUAACGCUAUCCAGUUUGGAGAAGAUCAGGAGCCCAAGGAGCCAGUGGAAGAAAUGGAGGACGAGAGGGAUGAUGACUAA